ACAAUGAUGACAUGCACCAGUCUCCUCUACUCUACUAAACCACCAAAUCUUCUUCUACAUCUUCCCACGCCAUUAACAAAUAAACAAUGCUCACCUUCCUCUUCCUUCUUUACCACUUUGGAUGCUUCGCUUUCUCCUCCGCCCACCGCCGCCGCCGCCUCUUCAAGAAAAAACCUCCGCCGCCGCCGCGAAAAUCCUUCUUUUCUUUAAUUAAAAACAUCUUCUCCUCCGACGCCGCCGACCGAGCCCACAUUUCCCAACCAAUCCACUCCAUCCCCUCGCCGUCGUCCUCCACCAGAUCCCUCCGCCUGAACCCUCUCGCCGGAACCGACGACGCCGAUCAGGUCGCCAUUUUUUCCGGCAACCUCAACCUCCACCCGUGCCCAUUCUGCGGCGAGAUUUUCCCGACCCCGACCCUCCUCGACCACCACCAGUCGGCCAAGCACGCCGUCGCCGAGCUCGCCGACGGCGAGAACAUCGUCCGGAUAAUUUUCCGGACGGGAUGGCCGGAGAAGGCAAAGAUUCCGACUAUCCACCGGAUUCUUAAAGUCCACAACAGCCCCCAAACCGUCGCCCGUUUCGAGGAGUACCGUGAAUCCGUCAAGCUCCGGGCGGCGGCGGCGGCCGCGAACCUGAAGAUUCUCCGGGACCAGCGCAGCAUCGCCGACGGGAACGAAUUGCUCCGAUUCUGCUGCACCACCGUCGUCUGCAGCCUCGACUCCGGCGUCUGCCGCCACCAGUACUGCAGCGCGUGCGGGAUCAUCCGCGCCGGAUUUUCCGGCAAGAUGGACGCCGACGGGAUCGCGACGCUGCCGACGAGCUGGACGGCGCAUGCCGCCGUGCCGGAGGAUCUCGAGGAGGAGUUCAGCUUCAUGAAGAUAAAACGGGCCCUGCUCGUUUGCCGGGUCAUCGCCGGCCGGGUCGGAUGCUACCCCGGCGCGGCGGAGUUUGAUUCCUUGGAGGGCCGACGCGGCGGCGCCGCCUCCGGCGACGGCGAGCUCUUGGUGUUCAAUCCGAGGGCUGUUCUGCCUUGCUUCGUGAUCGUGUACACCGUCUGAUAUAUUAAUUUAUUUAAAUAAAUAUAUAUAUAUAUAUAUAUAUUAUGAUUAUUUAUGUUCUCUUUUGGGAAAAAUACAACUUCG